AUAGUAAGUACAAAUAGAGUGUGGGAGUGAUAGUGAGAGAGAGAUAUGAUUAAGAACUGCUUCACCUUCUCCAGCGACGAGGAGCAAUCCGCCUCCCCAAAACCAUCCCAUUACUGGUGGAGAGGCCCUCAAGAUUUCGACGAAGAUGGCCACUUCAAAAUCAACAUUUCCGACCCUGCAAAUCACACCCCAAGAAUCAAGCUUUUGAUAGAAAUGGAGAGGUUGGGAUUCAUCGGCGGCGCUGGGCUGAAUGACUUGAGGCACAAGAUUCUUAGCUACAGAGCUGGGGAUUUCUGCCUCCCAAUUGGUGGGAUAGAGAGAGAGGAUAUGGAAAUCCCACCUCUCAUCACAAUCUUGCUCACUGGCUUGACUGCCUCUGGCAAAAGCUCUUUCAUCAAUCUCAUGUAUGGUGUUCUUGGUAGAUUUGGCCUCAUCCCUUUUGCUCAGACAUCAGGUGAAUCUUCAAAUUUCACCACAAUGUAUCUAGAAGAACACAACGUGUUGAGGUCACCUAGGAGUGGGUUCUGUGUGUACGACACGCGGGGUUUAGACCAAAAUCACAUGGAGGAAGGACUCGAGGAGGUCUCGACGUGGAUGACUGACGGCGUCAGACAUCACCAGCCUUGUAAAAGGGCUGGUGAUGAAAACAUCAAGGGAUUAAUUCAACUCAAUGAAUCAAUGGAGUUCACUAAUUCAAGAUACAUCAAUAGAAAGGUCAAUUUUGUAAUGGUUAUGGCUGAUUUAUCAGAGAUUCAUAGAGCAUUCAAAUCUGGUGAUUUGGAGCCAAUUGUGGCCUUGAGAACACUCUUCCAUUUCCCACCCAUCAAGAAUUCAAAUGAGAACCCGAUCUUGAUCCUAACACACGGGGACACUCUGAACCCCGAAGAUAGGAUCAAGGGGAGGCUUCAAAUAUGCGAGUACAUGGGCAUCCCUGAGACAAAUGGCGUCUACGACAUACCAUGUUUGGCCGAGCAAUGGGUGCUCGCGGAAGAUUCCGACCCGAUCUCAGCGUACGCGCUCACUGAAGCCGUAUACAAGGCGUUGCUUCAAGCGGACAGAGCUCAUCCUCCGAAAUGGAGGUUGAAAGAAUGGACCACCUUCAUCUUCUCAUGGACCAUGUGGUGUCUUGCUUCACUCUUUUCAUUUCUUGCACAAAUAUUUGGAAGAUUUGGGAAUUGUGAUGGGAGACUUAGGAAUAUGUGAGGAUUGAGUUUAAUUAGUGGUGUCUUGUGAGGAUUGACUAAUAUUUAAGUUCGUGCAAUGAUUUCAAGUUUUUUUUCACUUUGAAUAGCUCGACUUUUAUAGGUUGGGCAAUGAUUUUAAGUAAUGUAUGUUAGGAUCCCCAAUUGCUAGCUAGCUAGGUUAUUUAGGUACGUAGAUUGUGGGUUUGCUUAAUGCUUGUGUAACAGAGACGCCAUAUAUGAUGUGUUAUGUGUCAUGUGUGUAACUUCAAGAUCUUACAUUGAAGGAUUGCUCUUUUCAUAAGGAAAUUAUAUCUUUUAAAUCACUA